CGGUCGGCUAUCAUGGACGACGAGGUAGAUCCGUCGUGCGCUCCGGUUUAUUACACUGCAACUGCGGGGCAGGUUCCAUGCGGUGGCGGAUCGUCCACCAAUGGUGGCGGGGAUGCUAGCUGCCGGCAGCAACCACCUCACACUUCCUUGCCUCAACAUCAAGAAGAUUAUUCAUCGUUUGACAUCGUCAAGGCUACACAAUAUGGAAUCUUCGAGAGGUGCCGCUACCUGAUUGAGGUAGAAGGCUACAACGUGAACCAGCCUGAUGCGGAGGAUGUCACAUUGCUGCACUGGGCAGCCAUCAACAACCGCCGUGAGAUUGUCAACUUCUACAUUUCGAAGGGAGCUGUGGUGGAUGCCAUAGGUGGAGAACUGCGCUCCACGCCGUUGCAUUGGGCCACUCGGCAGGGCCACUUGGGCAUGGUGGUGCUGCUCAUGCGCCACGGUGCAGACCCGUCCCUGGUGGACGGUGAAGGCUGCACCUGCAUCCACUUGGGUGCCCAGUCGGGCCACACGGCCAUCGUGGCCUACCUGGUGGCCAAGGGGCAGCCAGUCAACCAGGCCGACAGCAACGGCAUGACUCCCCUCAUGUGGUCCGCCUACAGGGUGAUGACGAACGACCCGUCCCGCUUGCUCAUCACACUGGGUGCGAGCCUCACCAUGUGCGACACCUACCACAGGAACACACCCUUGCACUGGGCUGUGUAUGUGCGCAAUAGCAGUGCGGUGUCGUUGCUCAUCAAGGCCGGCUCUGAUCUCUCUGCCAGGAAUGCCCAGGGUGACACUCCCCGCAUGAUGGCUGAGAAGCUGAAGUCUGUCUGGAUAGAAGAGCGCCUCUUGGAGGCGGAAGCAGCUCAAACAAGUGCUCGAGGUCAUUUCCUGGUGCGCAUUGUUCGAGACAAGACUCUAAAGUAUUGGGCCAUGUUCACCUCUCCAUUUGUAGCCUUCUAUGCUGUUGGCCUCGUCUUCGAUAGCCAAGAGACCUAUCUAGUCAAGUUUGGUCUUCUAUUUAUUAUGGGCCUAGCCACCAUGUUCCUUUCCAAAUGUUUAUUUGAUGAACGCACUAUGAAUGUUCUCCCGAUGGCUGUGUACCUGGCUACUAAAUUCUGGAUGUAUAUCACGUGGAUGACAGACCUGUGGCCUUAUGUUGGCACCCUUUGGGUCAAUGUGGGCUUUGUGAUCUCAUCUGUGCCACUGUUCUACUCUUUCUACAAGUCGUGGCGGGCAGAUCCAGGCAUCAUCAUCGCCAACGUGGAACAAAAGUACAGGACGAUAGUGGAGCUGGCCGAGCGAGAUGGCUUCGACCCGGCCGUGUUCUGCAGCACCUGCCUUGUGCGUCGGCCACUACGCUCCAAGCAUUGUUCUGUGUGCAACCACUGUGUGGCUCGCUUCGACCACCACUGCCCUUGGGUCAACAACUGUGUUGGGGCUGGGAACCAUGUUUACUUUGUCAACUAUUUAAUUUUCCUUCUGGGCAUGCUAGGCUGGUCAUGGUACGGCUGCUUUGCAUUCUGGAAGGAGCACACACUCUGGGCUGCCCUGUCCCAGAGUGGUUGGGUGGCCUGGAUAGCAUUCAACACGCUCCUGCACAGCGCUUGGGUCAGCUGCCUGCUCGUCUGCCAGCUGUACCAGAUGGUGUGGUUAGCCAUGACCACCAAUGAACGCAUGAACUGCAACCGGUAUCCACACUUCAGGCGGAGCAGUUCGGGACGUGUAAUUAGCCCAUUCAACAUGGGACCAUUCAAGAACUUGGCUGACUUUUGUGAAUGGCGCUGCCUGGGAGCAAAACCUCAGGACUGGAGACACAUCUACGACACUAAUGAGGAUGAUGAUGAAAAGGAAACACUGCUUCAUUAUGUGUAAUGAACGAGUCAGCUCAGCCUUGUCAAAAACUUCGAGAGCAAGAUGGUGGCAUUGUUUAGGCAUCUGUGAUCAAAGCUGCAAUGAAACCUGGAAGGACUCUACCAGUGUGUGUGACCCUGUGCCUCACCGACAAGGUUUUGGUGGUGUGGACAAAAACAAGCUUCGUCUUUGCGUUCAAAUGUGAUCAGCAGCAUUUUGGAUUUUGCCUGUGGCUUCCUUCUUUGUAGGGCUGAGCUGGACUUUGUUUUCUGUUUCUAAGCACAUCUUUGUUAAAUUUAAGACAUAUUCAAGGAAAUUGAGCAAAGUUGGCAUUGUCAACGUGUGGAAAAAAAGUUUUGAUGGUUGUAUAGCAGUUUCAUUGUGUAUAUAGUAGAGCAAAAGGUGCAGCUUCAUUUUUCAAUAUUGCUUGUUGGAUAGUUGGAGGGUUAUCAUUGUGUGAAAGUAUAUGUGCUUGUCAUCACUGGCAACAGCCUGGUGCUUUCAUUUGGCCUCGCUUUAUCAAAGGAAAAGUUUCAUGUUUAUUUGAGAAUGAGUAUUCUAUUGAUAGCUAUGUUAAACUAUGCAAUGAAGGGUGAAAUGAUUGACCACUUUGUUGUUGUGAGAGAAGCUGUUUAUAUUGUUUCAUGUGGUGUUUUUCAAAAUAUGUUUUCUCAUUUUUAGUGACCCGAUUCUGCGAGAAAUUGGCAAGAUUCUGGCACAUUCCUUACUGUAGCUCACAAUGUGGUAGUGUAUUAACGUGAACAUAAUGAAAGCAUUUAUAAAUAUGCCUAAUUAGCAUACUUGUAUCGAGCUGAACCAAUCGUGGUCCUUGAGAUAUGUGAGUGCAAGCACUUCCUUCAUUUUAGCACAGUGCAACUCAGAUGGGCCCCCUGACCGUUGAAAACAGGCAAGCACAGUGACGAUCGUAAGUGUUGCACCAUAAAUGUAGCUGAAAUGAGAGAACAACAGCAGCUCUCUCUUCUCGGCAUGCCAGUGACGUGACAUGUCACGAACCUGCGGUGCACAAAUAAGCCAGCAGUACCGAAACUUGUCAUAGAGCACUCUCUCUGUACGAAGGAAAACACAUGGUCAGUAUGGGAAAAGGCAAUGGGUAGUUCGCAUCUCGUCUAGUGCUAACCUCUUGUGCUGGAAUAGUGCACGGAUGGCACUUGAUAAAAAUGAGCUCACAUCCUGCACCUUGGAAUCUUUUUCUGCAUGUAUCAUCCAGUGACCUUUCUCAUUUUAUAUUUUGUGCAAAAGUAUAUAAUACUGCAAUGCCUAAAGGUUGUUGUACAAAGUAUGUCAAAUUUAUGAAUACAAUUGUUGCUAUAUUGAGGGUUGGAUGAAACUUUUUUGGUGGGGAAAGAGCCAGACCAGAGUUUUUCUUGCUGCAACCCUCUUCACUGAGGUCUGUAAUGAUGUUUCUAUAACAACACGAGAUGGGUGAUGAGAUGGGUGUGGCAGUGCUACUGGUCUCAUCACUUGGAUGCCAUACAAAAACAAGCUUAGACAGAGUGGUCACAGGCUACUUAUGUGAUGAACAGCAAGUUACCCUCCCCGUUCCACUUUUUAUUUUGUCCAUCUAAACACCUGCUAGGGCCCUAGCAAUGGUACCUGUUCUUUAUGAGAAAGAUCCACUUAAAAGUGUUUAUUGAAAGCCACUGUAGACAGGAGUGGAACAAGGAGCAUUUUUGACUCACAUUCCAUGCAGCCAAAGUGCAAUGUGGGUCUGCAGACAUUGGCUUUAUGGGGAAAUAAGUUGGCUCAAGUAGGAGCUAAUUUUUCAGAACUGGAGUGGUGUAAAUAGAUUUCAUGGAACAGACAUAUGAGAACAGUUACGGUGCAGUGACAGGAUAGCCUCAAAGUGAGAAACACUGGCAGUACAGCAAUAAUUACAAAGUAUGGAAUAAGCAUCUCAAUUUUGUACAGCUUAAUGGAAUGUCAUUUCUUGGAUCCCAAGUAGAAUAUGCAUACGUAAAAGCUAGUUUAUUAUGAUUGUAUUGGAAUGCUUUGUGACAUGUAAUUAAACAUACAGUGCAGGGAUACAAGACAGAAAAGAGUAAAAACACAGUGCAGUAUGUCUGCUCCUGUCCCUCUUGUGUGUCUGUGUGGUACAUUUAAGGAUGCUAAAAAGAUUGAGCUAAUGAAAGUCAAUGAUAUUCAACCUGAGGAAUGACAAUAGAAUCUGCUUUCCUAAUUUUCGAAUAGUGCUCAGCCAGCAGGGCUCAGGUUAAGAUAUCUCCCAGUUGUUUAGCAUGCCACAAAUGCUGAAAAUACCUCUAAUGUGUGUAAAAUGUGUUCAUUUGUUUACAGUGGGCCAAGGUAGAGUGUCACCAAAUAUGCUCGAUCAUUCCUAGAUUAGAUGAUAGUCAGAACAUUGCUCACUGAGUUCAAUGGUGCUUUCCAAAAUAAUUCAGAUACUUGUGAUCAUCCACAAUGUUCAGCAGCAGCUGCUGCUCGUGAUGCAGGGGUGACGCUGCAGUGCGCAUUUGGAAUUGAACAUAUUUCCACAGCAUGAGCACAGACCCGUUGUAACUUGCUGUUCAACUUGGAUGGACCAUUCCGGCUCUUUUUUUUUUUCAUUAGUCAAGAAAAGUGCAGUAGCAAUUUACCAAAGGAGGCUUCUUACAUACGGCAUGCAUAUGCUAUGCACUUAUAGUCAUGGUGGCUAGAUCUCUUUAGACCGUCUGAGUUUAGAUGGCCCAGUUCUGUUGAGGUCAUGCCACAACCACGGUACAAACAGGCAGAGUGCAACUUCAACUAUGAAAAACAUGUAGUGGCCUCAAGGGUGGGGCAGGGCGGUAGAAGAGAAAGUAGAGUCUAAAACCUUUUGUCGCAAGAGAGUGUCGAAGGAAUGCCCUUGCCACACACAUUCCAUAUUUCUGGAAAAAAGAAAGUGUCGCGCAAGAGUACAGAGCUUUUCAUCCAACCCUCAUAUGUGUUUUGAGAGCCCACAUGCGGUCGAACUUUAUUAUAACGAAGUUGGACUGGCCACAAAAAUACCUUCAUUAUGUCCAAUAUUCAAUAUGUCCAACAUAUCCAAAUAAGUACAGUGAUGUCUUCUUUGAUGGCAGGAACAUGAAUUAGUACCAGCGCUGUGCUAUGCUUGUGUUGCACUGCAGGUGCCUGCUGGAAGUAAAAUGCAGCUACUACAUGCUGCACUUGCAAUUUUGAAAAGAAAAGCGCUUUAGUGGCCAGCACAGGUUCUACAUUUAUCAGAGAGCCAAGGUAUGUGUAUAAUUUGGCUAGAAUAGUAGUAGAGAAAUAUCCUAAGAAGUAAAGAACUAAAGCACUGUAAAGACAAUUGAACCUGCCUAGCAACAUGGGAAGUGUCCGCCAGAGAACCACCAUCCUGAGUUAGACUUUAGUGUACUGGUAUUGUCUGUGCCUUUGGCUCGGAAAGUGUGGGUUCGAUUCCCACUGUAAGUGUAUCUUUUUCUUUAUAUUCUAGCGUUAAGGGAACAUUACAAAUAGCCCAUUUCACCACACUCAUAAGUUAGUAACAACCCUAGCCUAGCUGUGGCAGCGCUUGUUUUUACCGCUGACAGCUACAAGUAAAUCUUGUAGGUGUAAUGUAGAGAUAAUUGUAAACGUAUGUGUUAGAUAUUUACAUGUUGUUAGGCUAUUAUCAAACCGGAAUAAUACCGGCAACAGCUACUUUGCAAACUGCAUGUACGCUUGCGAAGGCAUCCGUCUUGCCACUUCAUGUGGCGAACGUCGGCGAACAUUGCGCAUUGUGCCAGCAUACGAAGUUCGUCUUUAAUGUUUGAUAAUGAGAAAAACUGUGCUUGAAAGAUAUACGGGAACACAGUCUAUUUAAAUCAACCGGAAGUAGACUAUAAUUGAGUCACUGCAUGAGGGAGGUGGGACAUAGCUAUGGCCGCCCGGUGUAAAAGUCAGGGAAUGCCGUGGGAAUGACGGAUCCUGCAUUUUCAAUUUCAUUAUAGAUUACUCCAUUGAAUUAAAAAGUAAUCAACAAAAUUUUAGAUCUACUUCUUUACAUUCAAUAAUUUGUUAUAUUGGGCUGCUAAACACGAGGUUGUGGGAUCGAAUUCCGGCCACGGUGGCCGCAUCUCGAUGGGGGCAAAAUUCAAAAACACCCGCGGUACUUAGAUUUAGGUGCACAUUAAAGAACCCAAGGUGGCCCAAAUUUCCGGAAUGCCAAACUACGGCGUGCCUCAUAAUCAGAUUGUGGUUUUGGCACAUAAAACACCAUAAUUUUUUUGAUAAUUUGUUAUAUCUAUGUUCGUUAUAUAGAGGUUCGACUGUAGAUGGCUGAAAUGAAGUAAUCAGACCAGACAUUCACCAACGGUUUGUGCCUAAUUAGUGUAGUGUUUGCCAAAAAAGUUAAUAUCGUAAAUUGUGUUUUCUGAUGCUAUUUCUCAAUGCCAGUUAGACGUGAUCUUUUGUUGCUGAAAAUUGUGGAACAUCAUUUUUGAAGUAAUUGUCUGAGUGCUAUCAUAUUUAUCAAGUCUCAGGGAAAACUUUUUUUUGUAUUCACACUGCUUUUAAAGUGUUGCUUCAAGUGUCGAGGUUUCUCUAGGUUUUUGUGUGUUGUUUAAUAUGCUAACAUUUUAUUAUAGAGACAUUUAACUUGUGUUAAGAGCCUCAUAGAGCUACAGGAGAAGUGUGUAAUGGAAAGGCGAGUAUUUUAGGGGUAAAGCCUGUUUCACAUGCAAGCGAAAAUGCUCGCGAAUCCUGUCGCCGCGCCGCAGAAAUCAGGUUCGAGCGGCGGCGGCGGCACUAGCGGCGGGAGCGGCGAGGUUCGGACAAGUUGGAAUUUCAUCGCAGCGGCAGAGCGGCAGCACCGCUUCUGAACGGCCCACCUCGACACGUGACCAGCGGAGUACCAGUGCUGGAAAGCCUGCGCAUAGGACAAUGUUUAUUUACUUGCUAUUCGUGGUACAGGCAACAUGCCAAGAUAGCUUUUCAACUAAUUGUUGAUUGCUAAGCGCAGGAUAUGUAUUUAUAAAAUAAAAAUUUGAGAGGCAGGGACAAAGCAAUGCUUAUGUUGGUAGUCGCAAACUAACGAAACUGGCGGAAAGUCCCGUGUUUUUUGCCAGCAACAUUGCUAUUCGCAGCGGCGGAAAACGCGCGGUGGCAAUGCAUGUGAAACGAAGCCUCACGAAAAGCUUCGCAGCGCCGCGCCGCUGUUCGCUCCAUUCGCUGAAUCGCUUGCAUGUGAAACAGGCUUAAGACAUUUGUGGUGCAUUGUAGAAGUAUGCAUAUCACUUCCUCAUUUAGUGCUAGAAGUGACAGUCACACGUGCAAUCAGCAUUGCUAUCUAGGGUGCAUGUAAUUUCUUGGCAGCAAGUGUUCUCAGAAUUUACUAGUUGGCCUCAUUUUGGUGUCAUCAUUUGUUGCUUUGGAUUUUAAUGCAAAGCAGCUACACAUUCUCCUCAGACAGCACUUCUUUGUAACAGUUAUGCAUUUUCAAUGUUGUUCAGGGUAUUGCACUGUCGUGCACUAAAAACUGGCAUUAUAUUGUCAUAGCGUUUGUACCGUCUUCCCAGCAAAUGUUUUUUUGGCAAUUAUCCUGCAUAAAAGCAAUUGCAUUUAAAUUUUAUCUUUUUGAUGGUUUUUAGAAGGCUGUAUAAUGAAAUUAACUUUUAACAGUUAAGUAUGUUUGUUGCUAACCCUACCUACACCUUUGGAGAUUUUGGUAUGUGAAGUCUGAGAGAAUUGGCCACUCAGGUGUCCAAUAGAAUUCAAAGCUGUGCCCUUGGAAAGGUUGAGGAGACUGCUCACACACAACUUUGUGCCUGCUUUCAGAGAUGUGCUGUUAUAGUGCACACACAAAUUAAUCCAAUAUUGGUGGCAUAGUAAAUGUGACAGACCAAACCUUCAGGCUGGGAUUUGUUCCUGAGUUCCGUCUUUCUGUGCUUAUGCAAUUUCAGAUAAUACAGCUUUUUCAUCUUUUAAAUCUGACUGCGCACACAAUGUAACACACUCAACCUUUAUUUGACCAUAUGGGGUAUCCUUUACAGCGAAGCUGUUAGCCUCUAGUUGGUUGGGAUUUUUCAUGGUGUGCUCACCCAAAAACGAAUGGCAGCUGGAAGGCUUUGUGCUUGGGUUUCCGUGUGAUAGAAUUACGUUUUCUCGUAUACUCGAAUUACAAUCUGAUGAUAUCAUGUCUGCAGGUUGUGUGUAAGUCUUACUUUAUGAAUAUUUUUAUGCAUUUUACUUUGAGAUAUUCAGUUACUUCAAUAACGCACUUCAGCUAGGCAGAGGGCCUACAGAAAUGAGAAUGUAUGCUGUGCUAAUGGUACUACCACCUAGCGGUCAUUCGAACCUCAAACGGCAGCUGGAAACGGGCUUUGUCUUUCAGUUCCCGCAUAACAAAUGUAUGUUUUCUAGUAUAUUCAAAUAACAAUCCAAAGUUAUCAUGGCUGUAGCUUGUGUGUAAGUCGUUCUGAUGCAGUUUACUUUUAAACAUUAAUUUAGUUCAAUAAGGCACUUGUGCUCGGCAAAUGGCCUGGAAGAAUUCGGAUGUAUGCUACACUUCCUCAGCGUGAUGUACAUUGCUUGUGGUGGUGCUUGUGUAGCAUCGUCCAACGUCAGUUGAGGUGGUGGCGCUUGCCUAACAUCCACACCAGCUUCGCUGUACAUUCACUUUCACAAGGUGGAACGGAGGCGGAUUUUUUUUUUUUUUUCUUUAGACUGUAUACAGAUUUUUGAAAAAACACCUGUGGCAGACAGCAUAAUGGUAGUCCUUGAGCUGGAUUACUCAACAGGACGGUCAUUACAUGCAUGAGAAAUUAAGAUGCAUAUUUAACUAAUUAAGAAAAUAUCUAUAAGGUUUAACAAAUUUUUUGUAAAACAUGUUUCAUCACACAAAUUGUAGCUGACGAGUUUGCAAGGCAUAUCCAAUUAGAAUGAAUUCUGAAGAUGACAAGGGUUUCGAGAUACGUGCCAUCAAACUGCCAUUAUACAUGUACGAUUGUUCUAGUUACACUUCCAACAAAAGCCAUUUUAUGUAGUGAAGCAUGAAAGUAACUGAAAUAGCCAUGUAUUUCGCCGCCCGCUGUGGUAAUGAGUAUCUCCGAACUCAGGUCAUCCUGAAAAUUCUUUUCCAUUGAACACGCCAUGGGAACUCGCUGGCUACAAUUUGUAAAUUGCAAUAUGUGCCAUAUGGUAAAUAAUUAAAGAGGUAAUUUGUGAAUUUUUUUUCUUGAUUACACAUUUCAGUUUCACAUGUUAGGAGUAUCCACCUUUUCAAGUAAUCCAGUUCAAGUACUGGAAUUGUGAUAUCUGCCACAGGUAAUUUUAAAAGUUCUGUAUAAAUAAAAACGCAAAUAAACACCCAGUAGGUAGAUUUCCUUUUCUCAUUCUUGUUAGAGAAAGCUACAUGAGCAGGCUUCUGUGGUUUGACAGAAACAACAAAACUGUUGAUGUUGCAAAGAUGGCUCAUUUGAAAAUUCUUUUAGUGAUGCUAGGUGUCUAGUUUCUUGUAUAUGUUGCCAUAAAAAUGAACAUUUGCUUAAUGCAGAGUACGGUCACUUUUGAUUGUAAAUAUGCUUUUUCUAGUCGAUUAUUACGCAUUGGAAAAAAAAAUCAUGCUGGGGAACAUUUUGAUGGUGCCUCAAGAGCCAAGUCUGCUGUUGACUGUCUUUUCUUGAGAAAUGGAGCUUCCCCAUGCUGUUCCAAGCACAGUUGCCGGUGACGUCAUUUUACAUGUGUAGUUAUUGGCUACCUCAUAAGGACAGUAGCGUGCACCCAUAACUUUUCACAGUGUUUCAGGUUGCUCAUCAACAUUGCCAGUCAAAGAACAACCAAAUAGCAGCAGUAACACGUAUGGUUUCCCUGGCCAAAUGCCCAACCAGAGAUCACUAAAAUACCAGUGUAUAUAUGGCCAACUUCAGUCAACAGAUGUGUACUGUAUUGCAAGCUUCUGCUUUGCGUUCCCAAUGUUAAUUUACGCCUUGUGCAAUAAAAGACUAAUUAAAGAUGA